AUGGGUAUAACUUGCUCAAGCCACUACCUUCCUCAAUCGUUACAAGACCCUUCACCGCCGUCAACAAGAGUCUACAAGCCAUUCCCGCGGAAGAAAAGAUGUACUAGGGGUACUGUUGUUAUGCAAUUAACGGGGGAAGGUCUGGCAAGCAGUAAUCCUCCGCGCUAUAUGCAUGAAUUGAUUAGUUCUGUGAGAUAUCAUUACCAAUAUCAGUGUUUAUUUGCUGCUCAGGAUGAUUCAGUACUCAUAUACGGUGAGCAAAGUACCUUUUUCAUCCUUAAUGUACUGAGUUUAUUUGCUACAUAUGACAUAAUCAACACAGGGUUACAUGAAAUGGCAAAUGAGAUUAAAUUUGUUGAUGGUCUUGUGAAAACAGCGAACGAAUGAUACUUUCAUUAACCUAAUGUUGAUAUUUAACCUCCGGGAAUUUUGUUUUCAAAGUUGAAUAAAGUUUGAGUGUAGAACUUUAUUGCUAUCUGAUAAGAGAGCGUUGUCAACGCAAGUCGAAGUCUUUUCUUUCAUUUGACGUACUAUAAAACGUUUGCAUUUUUUUUCACGCAGUUUAAAUUGUACAGAUGGGUUUGUCGAUCUGUCGAUUUACAUGUAUCAUAGUCUUUACAACAUACAGAUCUGAAGGCUUGGUCAGCAAAAGGAAAGUCCACUUAUUACCUAUUAGCACAGAUGGUUUUUUCCACUUUCAAACAACCGUACAGAAGAACAAGGCAAAACUUUUAAACUAGAAUAAUUUAGUCAUGCAGCUAUCUCGAAUCAUUUUACUAUGUUAACCUUUUAGAUGUUUAGAUUGAUUAAGUUUGGUAAAACGAAAAAUAAUACUAAUUGUAAACGCCAAUGAACAAAUGUUUCACAUGAGAAAUAAACUGUUACUUACUCGCCUAACUGAAAAAUAAUUAGCCAGUGAAUUGUAAAGCAGUUUGAGAGAAAUUGAAUAUCCUCGAAGCAAGUGAAUUCCGGUUUUCCAAAACGCUGAAUGGCCAAAAAAAAAAUUGUUAAGACUAGCGAGAGAUCUACACGAAAUACAGCUGCGAACACAUAAACUUCGGAGUAAUCGACAGCCAUGAGGCUUGUGAUAUUAAUUUCACAUUUCUAAUUAAUCAAUGUUUAAGACAGAAAUUUUCAAUCAUGGUUGUACAUGCCAUUUCCCAUCCUUAGAUUUGAAAAUUACCGCUUAAAUAUGUUACCUCGAAUUGCGCGAAAAAAAUUGACAAAGAAAGAAAUACAAAAUUAAAUAAACAACGUGGGAGUGACUUUAGCUUUAAGUUCAGUUGCUAUAGUGUGUCAGCUGAAUAUACGACAGUCCUGACGUAGGUGUUGUGGUUCGAUUAUAUCCUUGGUUCAAAUUUUAUUUCCCUCGGUUUUAAACUCAUCAUCAUACAUUACCAUACCCAUGCAACAGAGGGAAAUAAAAUUUAUACCAAGGAUAAAAUUGAACCACAACAUAGACAACAAUCUCCCUGUUGAUCGUAUUCAGCCUCAUACAAAAAUUGAGUGUUUAGGCUAUGUAAACACUAAUCCGGAGAGAUUAUGUUUCUUGUGUCGACAUAAAAGAUAAUAUUCUGGCCUGAAGUGGACACCUGAUCACACUGCCACGGCGGGUGGCACGAUCCACUUCAGCGCGACAUGGGAAAAUCCAACGGCGCGGACGGCAACGCGAACGUCAAAAAAACAAUAGGUUUUAUAAGCAAAACAACAACUUUGCACAUGAUAUCACGCUUUUUUUGUAUAUUUCUUUGCCCGUUUUUGCACGACUACGACGUGAAAGUGCCAAAUUUCGCGUUUUGUGGAAGUCAUAAACAAGGAACGACGAAAUUUUAUUUCUCUUUUCGAACUUGGAUAUGGUCCCUAGGAAUUCAAUUCCAGGAGGGCUCGCUUACAUUUGGCAGGCAAAGUAAGUGGGUAGGAAUAAUUGCGAUAAAGACUGAAAGAACGCAAAUUCACUUUUUAAGAGACGUUCUUGUUGAGGUCGCGUUGUUGGAUCGUUAAGUCCCUACUGUACAUGUUUGGUUUGGUUUUGUUUGUUUUCUUUUUUUGGCCAAGAGCUAUCGGGUAGUGUAGACAUGACAUUAGUCAGGUCUCCCAGAGUGAAAGAAGGAGUCUCCUAAGAUGGCUUUAACUUUUGAGUUUGAGGACAAAUCCUAUGGUGUGAUCAUUAAGAUGAAAUCUCUUUUUCAAAACUUUCAGAUAUUGCUUAAAUGAUUUUGAAAUUAAAAGAUGGAAAUUGUGUUGAAUUUAGAGUGUGGCCUCUUUUGGGAGUGAAGAAUUAAAUCUGUCGCCUACGUGGCAGGUGUGUAGGAAAUACGGGGACAAAUGAUAAUCGAUGCGCGCGAAAGAUGAAGACACGUACGCGGGAGGAGAGAGAGUGAUACUGUUAUCAUUUGCGCCCUAAAUUCCUUUCUGCGAAGGCUAUUAAAUCUGCUAAACACGGCUGAGUUGGUGUGGCUUCAAUAUUUAGUUCAAAUGGUGGGUAAAUCGUUAACGUCGUGAAAAAGUACUAGCUGCCACCUAAACUGCUUUAUAUUUGCUAACUUCAGGGGUCUUGCUUCGGCCGCACCCUAAGCAAGGGAGGGAGGUGGCUCAAAGACGUGUACCCGAGGAAAACCCAUCUUGACUAGGGGUGUUAGGGAUAUACAAGACACCACCAAUCUAAGCUUUAUGGACAAAAGUCUUUAGCGUGAAAACCUGAGAUAAGACCGAAAUACUUUUUGUGCGUGAAGCUUACAUUGUCAGACAAACAUCACUAGAGCAUUUAAAUCUUAUACUAUAAUCUGCAAUUAUUGGGGGAAAGCUCUUCCAAUGAGAAACCAUCAUUUUAUAGAGACACCACUAAACCACUGUUUCCGUUUAGUGAUGGGUCCUGGCUAUGUACAAUAGUUUGGAUGACCAUUUUCCUUAUUAGAACCUGGUAAACGGGCCAACGCAAGACUACUGAACUUACCAGAUAUGUAAUAUAUAAUAUGUUUACUCUCUUCAAGGAGCGGUUGUGGAACCUUCAUCGCACUUGGCGAAAAAUCCAACCUACACUUCACGCACGCGCACUUGGGACUUAGCAUCCUCACCUUCCACGGCUAUCACCAAGUACCACUGCACACUUACUUCCGGUCCAUGGUCAAUUUCCCCCAACGGUGUUCAGCUGUGCUGCCUAGCAACAAAGCAUGGCAUUGAGGAAGAAGAAGAUCUUUUUCUCUCAAAGGUUGGUUCUACACCGCAAAAAUGUACUCCGUGCAACAUCCCGGGAACUCUGUCAGAAUACCGUCGGAUAUAUCCGCAAGGGUGCCCGUUCUCCGGUGACGGGAGCAUGGUUGCCUCCAUCCGUGUAGUGGGAGGAUCUCUAAACCUGUCAAUCACCAAUACGCGAAACGCAAGAACGAUUUGUUCUGACAAAAUAAGCAAAGUGUGUGCUGGUUUUCGCGGCGUGGUUGUAGAUUGCGCGUUUUCCACCAACGGUCAACUUCUUGCAGUAACCUCAUCACAAGGAAAUGUUUAUUUCUUAAUCUCCGCACGCUUGGUCUUGACGAAAAGUCUAGACAGCGCGAAAAUUCUUGCUCCGUACAAAGUUCCAGAUCUCGGCGAUAGCAAUCUGGAAGAUUACGUUACACAGUCUGUCUGUAUCUUUGAUCCGCGCUUUCCCUUUCAAGAAUUUGCCACGUGCGUUAUUUACGCAGGUGUGGUUAAAACUUGGCGCAUGUCGAGUUUUGACAGACGGGACAUCGAAAUCCAGGUUAGACACAAUCUAAAGUUUAAAAAGAUGCUAAAUGUUGUCAGAUAUUCCCCGGAUGGAACGAUGCUGGCAGUGGGAGCAAAUGACGGCAUUAUUUCUUGUGUGAAUACAGAGAAUGGACAAGUUAGUUUUGUCUUAGACCCAUCGCAACAGCCACCAGAAUUCCACAGCGAGGCAGGGGUAUUUCACAUGGCUUUUACUCAAAGCGGUGAGGAACUUGCUGGUAGCUAUAGCGAUGGGUACAUUCGAAUAUGGCAGCUACCAAUGAUCUUUAACCUAAAGUUCCUGUGCCGACAAGUGAUAAACACCAGAGUCUCACCUAGUAAAGUUGACAGGCUUCCGUUGCCAACGCGUCUCAAGAAUUUUCUACUUCACAAACACUUUUGA